UAACUAUAACCACUUUUAUACAAUUCUAUGAGUGUAUAUAUAGCACAUAGUUUUGUGCUUCAUCUCAUCAUCAAUACAACUUUAACUUUCAAUUCAUUAUUUUUAAAGCAUCUACAACUUAUUUCUAACGUGCACAAGAUUAUUACAAGCUUCGAUUACUGAUUCAAAGUUGUUAAAGGAUCCAAAUCGAGCUUUGUUUUUGCUUUCGUGGUCGUGUAUCAUUAACAAUGGGAAAGAGCAACGAUAAUUUGGGUUUUCAUGAAGACACGGAGUUGAGAUUAGGGUUACCAGGAACAAAUGGAUCUAAUAAGAAGAAAAGAUCAUUUUUGGAAACUAAUGAUGAUGAGUCGUCUACCACUUCGUGUGUUGAAGAUUGCCAUGAUGACCACCCAACUCCACCACCAAAGGUACAAGCAAUUGGAUGGCCUCCGAUCAGAUCUUACAGAAAAAAUAGCCUCCAAAUCACAAAAUCAAAAGAAGAAUCCUCAAGGAUGUACGUCAAGGUUAGCAUGGAUGGAACUCCUUAUCUAAGAAAGGUUGAUCUAAAACAAUACAAAGAUUACAAGGAACUCUUAAAGGCACUAGAAGAGUUGUUCACCUUUAAAGCUGGAAAGGAUGAACCAACUUAUGAAGACAAAGAUGGAGAUUGGAUGUUGGUUGGAGAUGUUCCAUGGGAAAUGUUUCUUGAUUCUUGCAAACGGCUUAGGUUAAUGAAAGGAUCUGAAGCAAAUUAAGGGUUGGCUUGCUUAUAAGCUAGCUAGCUUGGUCUAAAAUUUGUCAUUAUAUCAUGGUACUAUACAAUGUACUCGGCCUAGUAGCCAGACUUGUUUUGGAUCUAUUGUCGAAAUUACACAAUUGAUCAUAUCAUAGAAUUUUUGAGAGACUGGUUGAAAAUCACAAAUUUAUGUAUACGAUCUUAGUUUAGUUUAUUUAGCCAUAAAUAUUAGUUAGAUCGAUUUUUUUGAUCAAGUUCGUUAUAGUCUUAUAGAUAUAUAUAAUAUAUGUAUAAACUCGUCUCAAAAGUUUUAUACCAUGAA